AUUCUUGAAACUGUUGGCUUUAUUAGCACACACGAUGUUUGUGCUCAUAGCCAUCACGUUGUUGGCGAUUGGAUUUGUCGGCCCGUUUGUAUCCAGUGUAUUUCUAUCGCCGCUCAGACGCGUGCCUGGACCAUUUAUAGCGAAGAUCACAUCAUCAUGGCUUGCAGUCGUUGAUCUGCUUGGUGACCGCACGACCACCAUACACAAACUACAUCAGAAAUACGGCCCCUCAGUACGAAUUGGGCCGCGAGAGGUCUCCUUCUCAAAUACAGAGAUGGUAAAGGCUAUCUACGGCCAGAGAUCCGAUUUCAUGAAAGCGCCUGUAUAUGAUCAUUUCAGCGUCCAUCCAGUGGGCAUAUUCAGUAUGCGGGAUAGGGCUGAACACAGCCAGCGACGACGUCUACUGAGCCACGUCUUCUCACAGUCCAAUCUCCUCGAGACAGAGACGUUGAUCGGACAAAUCAUUGAAAAGAUGACUGCCCGGGUGAGAAAGGAGCAGGGGAGACCUGUAGAUGUAUUGGGUCUGUUUCGAUUGACAGCCCUAGAAAUCGUCGGUGAACUGUUCCUUGGGCAAUCCUUUGGGGCGCUGGACUCGCCAGACCACCCUCAGUUUCUAGUAGACAUGGAUUGUCACUUUAUUAUCAGUGGCCUGGAAGGCAGUUUCCCGAUCCUCCUCAAGAUGCUGCGAUGUCUGCCUAUCCCCUCACUGAGACAAUUCCUAGGGUCUAGAGAUCGUAUUAUUCAGUACGGCCGACAACCAUACGAGAAAUACAUCAGACAAUAUGGUCGCAACUCGGGUCGAAAAGACCUCUUGACCAAGAUUCUAAUCGGGGAACAAGAAGGGGGCCCACUAACAGACCGCGAGACUUAUACUGAAAUCGGAAACCUCGUCUUUGCUGGCACAGACACAACGAGCUCCACGCUGACCUAUCUGUUCUGGGAACUCGCCAAGAACCCUGACUGGCAAGGUCGAGUCCGGACGGAGGUGUCGGAGGUGGCGUUUGAUGGUACUUUGCCUCCCUACAAUGGCAUAUCGCAUUUGCCUGUCCUCGAUGCGGUGAUCAGUGAGGUACUUCGCUUGCACCCUGCAGCCCCAGCAAGCCUGCAAAGGGAAACACCACGGGGAGGGCGAGGCUUGAACGGGAUAUACAUUCCCGAAAAGACCAUUGUUUCUAUGCAAUGUUACACAACCCAUCGCGACCCUACUGCAUUUGAAAGUCCCGACGCCUUCCUGCCGGAAAGAUGGAUAGGCCAUCAGAGACCAACGAAAGGCAUGAAAACUCUCUUCCUCCCAUUUUCCGAGGGAACACGGGCCUGUCUUGGGAAAAACCUGGCGAUGAUGGAAUUGAAACUGAUCACUGCUACCCUGGUGGGAUUGUUUGAUGUCUCUCUCGGCCCUGGAACAACAGAUGCCAGCAUGACCAUGAAAGACCAUUUUCUAUUGGUCCCAAAGGGAGGAAAGUGUGAUUUGAUCUUUACUCCGGCAAAGUGACGGCCAAAUCGAGCCUGGCUAUUAUGUAGAGUAGGGUUAUCAUCACGCUCUAGACCCCGAUUUCCUGAUGAACUGGUUAGUGCUUACACCCUGCAUCUGUCAAACCAGAUCAUCCAUACAGCUCUGCUCGGCGAUUACCCCUCUACAUAAUGGUUCCCGUCAGGAAGCUGAUCCCCGAGAUACAAAAAGCAAAUCUGCUCCUGUGCUACACUGAACAAGACCAAAGGCGGGGUCGGUGCAUGC